UCCAAAAAACAAAAAAAAACUCUGUUUUCCGUUCUUCUCUGCAACUUUCGGUCGAGUUUUUGUUCUCACCGGAUUGCUUCCGCCAUUGAUGUAAACCCCAGCCCUCACACCAAUAUGUCACUUUGUGUCGACAUGUGUGCCUCAAGGAGCAAUCUGAGAUUUGAAUGGAAGGAAGAUGAAGUUGAGAUAUUCUUCGGUUGUUUCGGUUCUUCCCGCUCAUGAUAUCUUUUGGAAAAACCCCUGCAGAUUUUCUUUCAACUUGUUUUGUAGUAAUUUAAGUAGACGGAGGAGGAUACAAUUAUCAUCCAUUGUUAGUCAAAAGCGUCAAGUGAGUGCAAAAGUUGGGAUGGGUGCUGAGCAGUAUCUUCCUCCUUGGUUCAGUGUUGCUCCUAUGAUGGACUGGACUGAUCAUCACUAUAGAACUCUUGCCCGGCUCAUAUCGAAACAUGCGUGGCUCUAUACCGAAAUGCUUGCGGCUGAAACCAUUGUCUACCAGCAGCACAAUCUGGACAGAUUCUUGGCAUUUUCUCCAGAACAGCAUCCUAUUAUUCUUCAAAUUGGUGGAAAUAAUUUGGACAAUAUAGCUAAGGCAACUGAACUAGCUAAUCCUUACGGCUAUGAUGAGAUUAACUUUAAUUGUGGAUGUCCGAGUCCAAAAGUAGCUGGGCAUGGGUGCUUCGGUGUUCGUCUUAUGCUCGAUCCAAAGUUUGUUGCCAAAGCUAUGUCAGUGAUUGCUGCAAAUACAGAUGCCCCUGUCAGCGUUAAAUGCCGUAUUGGUGUCGACGAUCACGAUUCAUAUAAUGAGCUCUGUGAUUUUAUUUACAAGGUUUCUUCUUUAUCACCAACAAGACAUUUUAUAAUUCAUUCCCGAAAGGCUCUUCUCAAUGGCAUCAGCCCAGCUGAAAAUCGAACAAUUCCGCCUCUUAAAUACGAGUACUUCUAUGGUCUCUUGCGUGACUUUCCAGACCUAAGAUUUACAAUAAAUGGAGGCAUAAACACUGUUGACGAGGUCAACGCAGCUAGGAAGGCCGGGGCCCAUGGUGUAAUGAUUGGACGUACGGCAUAUUAUAACCCGUGGCAGCUAUUGGGACGUGUUGAUACCGCAAUUUAUGGUGCACCGAGCAGUGGUAUCACACGUCGUCAGGUUCUUGAGAAGUAUCAAAUAUACGGUGAUUCGGUUUUGUGGAGAGAUGGAUGUAAACCAAAUGUCCGGGAUGUGGUGAAGCCUUUGCUCCAUCUUUUCCAUUCUGAACCUGGGAAUGGCUUGUGGAAGCGCAAAGCCGAUGCUGCGUUCCAGCAUUGCAUGAGCAUCAAGUCUUUUUUUGAGGAAACCCUAGUUGCGAUUCCGGACUCUGUCUUGGAUUCGCCUAUUGCCGGACCGCUGCCCCCUGGCCGUGAAGAUCUUUUCGCUAAUGUUGAGAGUUUGCUGCCUCCUCCAUAUGAUCAAAGCGAGCAAGAACUGCUGUGCGCGUAGGUUCAAUUUCAACAUAGAAUAUGGUUCUCUUAAGUAGCCAUACCUUGAUUCAAAGUGUAAACUUAUUGCAUUUUUUUGGAAUAUAACUCUGUCAACCAUUUUGUAACAAAUUAGCAAGUGUAGUCAGUUAAUUGCCAUUAUUAUAGAUAUAAUA